AUGUUUCCUGGACGACGUGGGCUUAAACCACUUUUUAUGGAAGGAGUUGUCGCGUUUCUCUCGUUUGCGUUUGCUCAAGAAUGUUGUCGCAGGGAAGGAGGGGUAAGGUGUCCGUGUUUAAAGUGUGGUUGCAGAAAUAUUAUUAGUGACCCUAGUGAAGUGAAACGUCACUUGGAGAGAGUGGGUUUUAGGCCAAAUUACUGGGUUUGGACAUCUAAUGGGGAAACAAUGCAGGAGAUGAAUAUAGAGGCUUCUAGUAGUCAAACACAUAUAGAACCAGAUAUAAAUAGAGCUGAUUCAGGGAGUAGUUCAUCACAAAUGCAAUGCCAGGAGCAAUUUAAUUUUGUCGAGGAGAUGUUCACUGACGCAUUAGGGGUGAAUGUGGCGUAUGAUGAACCACAAGACAUAGAUGGAGAAGAGCUCCCGAAUGAGAAAGCUCAAAGGUUUUAUCAGUUGUUGAAAGAAAUAAAUAUACCAUUGUUUGAGGGGUCUUCUGACUCUAAGCUAUCAAUGUGUGUGAGACUUUUGGCUGCGAAGUCAAAUUGGAAUGUUCCUGAUCAGUGUUUAGAAUUCUUUGCGAAAAUGAUGUUGGACGCGACUCCUAUGAAAGAAAACAUGCCUAUAAGUUAUUAUGAUGCAAAGAGGGUGGUGUCGAAGUUGGGAUUAGAAUUUUGCGAGAGUCCGAGGUAUUUAGUUAGCAGUAAAGGAGUUGACCAAAGACAAAAUCGCAUUGCAGUGAAAUCUAUGUUCUAUCUACCAAUAAUACCUAGGUUGCAAAGAAUGUUUGCAUCAAUGCACAGUGCAAGCCAAAUGGCAUGGCACCAUACAAACAGAAUUAGUUCAGGCAUGAUGCGACAUCCAUCUGAUGGCGAGGCAUGGAAACACUUUGAUAGAGUUCAUCCUGAAUUUGCACUUGAACCUAGGAAUGUCCGACUUGGAUUAUGCUCAGAUGGUUUCACUCCUUAUAAUUUUUCAGGAAAUGCAUAUUCUUGUUGGCCAGUUAUUGUUACCCCGUACAAUCUCCCUCCUGAGAUGUGCAUGACGAAACCUUACAUGUUUUUGACAUGCAUCAUUCCGGGACCGUCGAGUCCAAAGGCAGGAAUCGAUGUUUAUUUGCAACCUUUAAUUGAUGAUCUCAAGAGGCUGUGGGUGGGAGCGUGGACUUAUGAUGUGUCUCGUAAACAAAAUUUUAAUAUGCGAGCGGCUUUGAUGUGGACAAUUAAUGACUUUCCUGCAUAUGGCAUGUUGUCUGGAUGGGGUACACAUGGUAAAAUGGGAUGUCCGCAUUGCAUGAAUCACACAAAAGCGUUUACUUUGGACUUUGGUAGGAAAAGUUCGUGGUUUGACUGUCAUCGUAGGUUCUUACCUACCAACCAUGAAUUUAGAAGGAAUAAAGAUGCUUUUAGAAAAGGAAUAAAAGUAAAAGAUCUACCUCCCCCUCGAUUGUCAUCGACUCAAGUAUGGAAUAAUGUUUGUGACCUACCAAAAUUCACAGACUAUGGUGAAACACGUAGAAUUAAAGGAUAUGGGGUUGACCAUAAUUGGACAAAAAGAAGUAUCUUUUGGGACCUCCCAUAUUGGAAGGAUAAUUUGUUGCGUCAUAAUCUUGAUGUUAUGCAUAUUGAGAAGAACUUUUUUGAUAAUGUGCUUAACACGGUGAUGGAUAAUGAGAAGACAAAAGACAAUGAGAAGGCUAGGAAAGACAUGGAACUUUAUUGUAAUCGAAAAGAAUUGGAGUUGAAACCUCGACCAAACGGAAAAUUAUUAAAACCCAAGGCUUGUUACACUCUUACUCCCCAAGAAGCAAAAGCUGUAUGUCGGUGGUUAAAUGAAUUGAGGAUGCCUGAUGGUUAUUCUUCUAACCUGGCAAGAUGUGCUGACGCCAACACUGGUAAAUUGCAUGGAAUGAAAAGUCACGAUUGUCAUAUUUUCAUGGAACGAUUACUUCCAAUUGCAUUCAGUUCACUGCCCAAGAAUGUGCUUAAUCCACUUACUGAGAUCAGUCAAUUUUUUAAAGACAUUUGUGCUUCAACUUUAAGAGUAGACGACAUCAUUAAAUUGGACCGAAAUAUUCCUGUCAUUCUUUGCAAGUUGGAGCAAAUAUUCCCGCCAGGUUUCUUUGAUUCUAUGGAGCAUCUCCCUGUGCAUCUUGCUUAUGAAGCUUUUCUAGGUGGACCUGUUCAAUAUAGAUGGAUGUAUCCAUUUGAACGAUUCAUGGGUGAUUCAAAGCGAUCAGUAAAAAAUAAGGCACGAGUUGAGGGAUCAAUUUGUGCACAUUAUAUACAUCGCGAAACAUCACAUUUUUGCUCUCAUUAUUUCAAUCACAUGAUGUUGUCUCUAAGAAUCAUAAGGAACAAAGUUCACUUCAGUGAAAGAAGUCAAUUUACCUUAUCAGUUUUCGGUCGUCCAGGCCGUCCCGCAGGGAAGAAGAGUGAGCAUUGGCUUUCACAAAAAGAAAUGCAAUCUGCUCAUGUUCAUGUGCUGAUUAACUGUGUUGAAGUUAAACCAUAUCUUGAGGCAUUUGGUACCUACUAUUAUCAAAGCACAGGCGAACAACCAUCGACAGGUUACACACAUGCCUAUUUUCCAACAUGGUUUAAGCAACAAUUAUCAUGUAUUGUUACACUAAGUCCUGACUUAAUACAUUUGCGAAAUUUGUCUGAAGGCCCUAGUCAACGUGUAAAUGAAUGGCACACAUAUUUUGUAAACGGUUACAAAUUUCACACUGAGGAAUGGAGUGUAGGGAAGAAAACCGUAAACAGUGGUGUAGUCGUAAAAGGAGUUACAGAGGGUGGUGAGGACGACUUCUAUGGGGUUAUCACACAUAUUUACGAGUUGGUUUAUAAUUAUAUGGACUCGGAAAAUAAAGUUGUCUUAUUUUAUUGUGAUUGGUAUGAUCCAUCUUCUAGAGGAACAAAAAUUGAUAAAAAGUAUAACAUUGUUGAGAUUCGAAGAGAUAGAAAGUACAAAGAGUAUGACCCUUUCAUUAUGGCACAUAAUGUUAGGCAAGUUUAUUAUGUACCUUAUCCUUCAAUUACCCCACGGAAACGAGAAUGGUGUGUUGUAAUCAAAUCCAACCCAAUGGGUCACAUUGAAACUGAUGAGUUAAUGGAAGAUGUUGCAUACCAACAUGAUGAGAUUUCACCUGUUAAUGAGGUAAUUGAAACCGAGGAGAUUGUAAGUUUGUGUGAUACUGCAGUUGAUGGUCAACAAGUUGACGCAAGUAUCUUGUUGUCAACAAAUCCUAUGGAAGAAGAGCAUGAAGAGCUAGGAGAGUCUGAAGACAAUAAUAUCAGAUGCGAUGAAGACAACGAAGAUUAUGAUGAUGAAUAA